AUGUCAGCAUUGACUUAUCAAUUGAAAAGGGCACAGAUUUCAGAUUCUUUCUCAAACGACCCAUUUAAUGACUCUCUUUUUCAAAAUAAAUUCGAUCUAAAUGACACUAUCGACAUAUUCAAAUUAUAUUCUUUGGCGAAGGAUAACUUACAAUAUAGUGAAAGAAUACUAAAUCUUUCUUGGAGAUUACAAAAUAUAAACAGACUCAAAUCGAGUAAUUCAAAAUAUGAUGUAUUAACUAAUUUGAAAAACAUUGAUACCCCUGAACCAGAUUUGACAAGCCGCGAUAGUAAUUAUAGUCUCUUUAGUAACGAUUAUGGAUCGUAUACAAAUUUAACUUCAUACACUGGUGGCUCCAAUUUUGCUAUGUCAUUACCAAUAGCUAUUCAAUCUCAUGAUAAUUUCGUAGAUUUAGAUUUACCUUCAAAUAGUGUACACUCGCAAUUUAUCGACUCCUUCAACGACUUUCCUUCAGAUGGGAAUGACUUCAUGUCAUCUUUCUUAUUUGAAUCAAAGACAGCAGUAAAAUUAGGUAAGAGACCAUCUCAAAUGAAACAAAUAAACAGGAAAAUUAAAAAAAAACCAUCGUCAGAUACUCAAGUGAAUAUUUGUCACAAUUGUCAAACUUCAACAACACCUCUAUGGAGAAAAGAUUCUGAAGGUCAUCCUCUUUGUAAUGCAUGUGGUCUCUUUCUACGAUUGCAUGGUGUAAUGAGACCUCUUUCUUUGAAAACUGACGUUAUCAAAAAACGACAAAGAAAUAGUACAGCUGCCAAUAGAAGAAGUAAUAAUAUUAAUACUAAUAAUAAUAUUAAUAAUUUUAAUGCUGGUGCUGGUGGUAAAGGCAGUGACACCAGUUAUGGAAGCUACAGUAAUCCCACUUUAGAUUGGCUAAGUUUUGGUCUAUGA